AUGAGGUUCCAGCUGACCGUGGCGCUUGUGCAAGCAGCCCUCUCCGCCAGUCUCGUCCAGGCUCAGAACUCUUCCUUCGGUGAUACACACAUCUCCCAGAUUCCCGAGGCAGAGGUUGUAGCCCUCGCUCAAAUCGUGGAAGAUGAUCCAGAAGACGUUUUCACCCUUUUCAAGGAUUGGGAAAGCCCUGAGUAUGCCUUAAUAUACAAGGUGCCUCUGCCAAUCCCACCGGUGAAGGAACCUACCAAAAAAAUCAUCAACCAAGUUACAAACAAAGAGAUCUGGUACUACGAGUUGGAGAUCAAGCCCUUCACGCAGGCGGUCUAUCCCAACUUGCGCCCUGCAACUCUGGUGGGCUACGACGGCAUCUCUCCGGGCCCGACACUGAUUAUCCCUCGAGGAAUGGAGUCUAUCGUUAGAUUCAUCAAUAACGCCGCUGCCGAGAACUCGGUUCAUCUUCACGAAUCCUACUCUCGCGCCCAUUUCGACGGUUGGGCGGAAGAUAUCACCAACCCAGGUGUUGGUAUACACACCGCUGAAAAUGCGUACAUGGGACAGGCCGGAGCCUACCUGAUCACGGAUGAGGCAGAGAGCGUUCUCAACCUGUCUUCAGGCUACGGCAUUUAUGAUAUCCCUCUCGUUCUCUCUGCGAAGCAAUACAAUGAGGAUGGUACCCUGUUCUCAACCAAGGGGGAGACUGACAGUCUCUGGGGCGAUCUUAUCCACGUUAAUGGUCAGCCCUGGCCCUUCCUCAACGUCGAGCCAAGAAAAUGCCGGCUUCGUUUCUUGAACGCAGCUGUCUCCCGCGCCUUUGCACUAUACCUGGUCAACUCCAAUGCUGUGAACGGAAAGCUGCCGUUUCAGGUUAUCAGCUCCGACAUUGGCCUCUUGGGGAAGCCAGUGCAAGUUGCAGACCUUUACGUCUCACCAGCUGAGCGAUAUGAGAUUAUCAUCGAUUUUGCUCAGUACGCUGGCCAAAGACUCGAAAUCAGGAACUUCCCCAAGGCUGGCGGUAUCGGCGUCGAGGAUGACUACUUGCACACCGACAAAGUAAUGCAGUUCGUCGUCGGCACGACCUUAUCUAGCCCCGACACAUCCACCGUUCCAGACGUCCUUCGCACAGUUCCCUUCCCGACAUCAACGGAUAACGUCAUUGACCACCAUUUCCGCUUCCAUCGUACCAAUGGCGAAUGGCGCAUUAACGGCGUGGGCUUCGCCGAUGCAGAAAAUCGCGUUCCCGCAAACGUCCUCAGAGGCAAAGUCGAGAUUUGGGAGCUUGAGAACAGUUCUGAUGGUUGGUCUCAUCCCAUCCACGUCCACCUCGUCGACUUCAAAGUCAUCGCUAGAGACGGUGAUCGUGGCGUGAUGCCCUACGAAGCGGAGGGUUUGAAGGAUGUUGUGUGGCUGGGCAGAGGCGAGUCAGUCCUCGUUGAGGCACACUACGCCCCCUGGGACGGUUUUUACAUGUUCCACUGCCACAACCUGAUUCACGAGGACAGUGAUAUGAUGGCCGCGUUCAACGUCACUGUUCUUCCAGAUUUUGGAUACAACGAGACCAAGUUCAUUGAUCCCAUGGAAGCGCGCUGGAGAGCGAAGCCGUACGUCAUGGCCGAUCUGCGUACUCGAGCUGGACCGUUCUCCGACUCUGCCAUUGAGGAGGCAGUCCAGGCCAUGGCCGCUACUGACCCGUACAGCAAAGUUGACGACGUGUAUAAGAAUCUUGAUCAGUACUGGUUAUCGCAUGUGAGUAAGUAG